AUGGAGUCCACAAUUUCCUUAAUUUGGAUCUUACUCACCCUCUCAUUUCUCUACCUCGUCAAGCGGAAGCUAAGCACGGGAGCCCGAAAAACCGCAGCACUCCCCCUCCCCCUCCCCCCGGGGCCAACGCCGCUCCCGAUCAUCGGCAACAUCCUUGACGUGGGCGCGCAGCCGCACCGCUCCCUUGCGCGCCUCACACGGGUCUACGGGCUGGUCAUGUCGGUGAGGCUGGGCAUGACCACCACCGUGGUGGUCUCCUCCCCGGCCGCAGCGCGCGAGGACCUUCAGAAGAAGGACCAGGCCCUCUCGGCGCGCUGGGUCCCCGACACCGCACGCGCCCUCAGCCACCACGAGACCACCAUCUGGCUCCCCUCCGCCGACCCCCUGCGCAAGCACCUCCGUGCCGUCAUCGUCACCGACAUCUUCUCCCACCGCAGCCUCGACGCCAUGCGUGCCAUGCGCCAGCGCCAGGCCCGCGAGCUCAUUGCAAACCUCCGUCGCCGCACUGGAAACAACCCUUAUUCUCUUAUUAGAGAAUAA